GAUGCGCAGGCGCCGCACCUCCAAGCGCGGACGCGCUGUUUCUGACCUGAGCGGUCGAUACAGGCGGCAUGUGGGCGCUCCUCGCGCUGCUCCUGAGGCAGUUAGUGGCCGCGGGGCUGAAGUCGCCCGCGGGGAACGCGUCCGUCCUGCCCUGCAGCCCCCGCGCCGGGCCGUGCUGGACCUCAGCGCACGUCCGCAGCCUGCCCCAGGAGCGGUUCUGCGAUGGCCGCUCGGAUUGCCCUGACGGCGCGGAUGAAUCCGCAGAGGCUUGUCAGCACUGGGGAGUCCCGCCAGCCCCGGUCUGCCCCUGCCUGUUCCAGUGUGCGGAGGGGGCAGAGUGCUUUCCGUCCGCGUGGGGCUGCGACGGCCACGCCGACUGUGAGGAUGGGCAGGAUGAGCGGGGAUGCGGCCCGGACUCCCCGGGGGCUUCCUUAGCGCCGAGCACGGCGAGGGCAGGAAAAUCUGGUGGUGAAACCCCCAAAAUUGGCAAGGAAACUGAAGAGAAUCCAACGAUCUCCAAACCUGGGAAACUAGUGUUGUCUGAGACUCAAGGCACCUUGUGGGUGAUAGCUGCUUUUGUGCUCCUUAGUGUGCUGGUGGCUGCAGGCUGCUCUGUUAGAUGGGGCCAAUUCAGAGCAAAGAACAACUUCUCCACCUUCAGCCUCGAGAAAGCUUCCAAAGAACAGCUGGUGCCGGAUAGGAGACCUUCAGACUCAUUUCCCUGAUAGGAAGUUGCAGUGCUGCGAGAUAGUGAAAUGGGACCCAACUCCGUGGUCCUCAUCACACUCCCUCCAAAUGCUGAUUGUCACCCAAUCAAACCCCAGAAAACUUGUCCCAGAAAUUGUGCAAUCACACUGGAGCAAUCAAGGACUCUUCCUUUGGCACAAGGAGCUUAGAUUGUGGGAUUAUAGUGGCCGUGGGAAAUCAGAAAUGACUGUCACUUGUGCUCUAAAAUCAACCCUACAAGAAUGUGAUGGAAACACUUGGAAUGUCAGAAUGGGUCAUCCAUUAUCCCCCAUCCUAGAGACACGCACACAAAAUGUGGGUUAUUCCACAAAAUGCUUCUUGCUGGAAUAGCUCUGGACAGUGCACAGUGUAGCCUCUGCAGUACAUUUUGCUUCCACGCCCACCCAAGAGUCCAUUGAAAACUACCUCUUCCUACCAUGCUGUAUCUUGCCUUUAAGCAGAGCCGUUUGCUCCUGUUCCAGGGCAGGCCGUUCCAUUCCACACACCUAUGUGGGGCAGAGCUCAAAGUGACGUGGGUGUAUAAUUUAUAUCCCUGAGGAUACUGCUCAUAUUUCUAACCCAUUAGCUCAAACUUCACAUACCAGAAGUUCUUAAAACAUCAUUUGAUUGCAGGAGAACUUGCAAGGAGAUGUAUUACUGGAGAGUCUCCUGUAUGCUUCGCUUUGCAUUAGGUCACAGCCUGUGCAGCAGCCCAUAGGCACAGCACAGGGCAUUUAGGACCCGAGUGUCAUCAACUCCCAAUGCAGUCAAUGCAGGAGGUGCCCUAAGCUCCUUGCAGGAUUGGGCCUGUAGUUUCCACUUUGACACUGAAAUCCCUGGACGUUGCAUCCUCUGUGCAGUCAGAAGAGUUUAUUAGCAGAUGUUUUAAGUUUUGACAGACAUCUGGACCCAGCUUUGCUCUUCACUUUUACCUGUGAGUAGUCUUGUUAGCGGCAGUGUGUCUCCAUUUCAGUUCUUGGUCUGUACAACAUUUUUUUGUGGACUGUUAUUUAAUAAGUGUAAAGCACUAAUACUGUAGAGGGAACUAGUGUUCCAGUAUAGAAACGUGGUGCUGGUGGAGGGCGAGCACUGUCUUGUCCCUUGACUCCAUUGUUGACAUCCAAGACCUGUUAUAUUCUUUGCACAAGUGCUUGCUGAAUAUGCACACAUAUGGCAGAAACUUGCUGCCCUAUUGGCUGAAUGUGGUGCCUUAAAGGUGAGGAUUCAGCUUGCAGGGCAUACACUCCAGCCAGCAACCUGAGAGGGCAGGACUCUCUGGGGGUUUGUAUAGUGGGUGCAUGUGCAUGCAUAACAUGAGAGAGAGUUUGUAAGAGGUAUGACAUAUUUAGAAUCUUGGCUCUUCCCAGUACUGGAAUAGAGCACUAAUGAGAGGCUGAACCCCUGAGGGCUCAGUGUGCUGUGUUCUGUACAAUGGACAAAAAAACACAGUUGGCAAUUGGGUGGGUGCUGAAUGACAGUGGGGGAAUUAAAGAUCUUUAGAGAA